AUGCAACUGUGCUAUAGGGACCUCAGUGUACCCCUCUUCACAGCACAAAUACGUUGGGAAAUGGAUCUGGAGGAGACAUACAAAGAGGGAGAAAAUACAGAGGGGAGAAUGACUCGCGUUGGAGCUGCAAAGUUGGUGAAAAAGGCUUUUCUCGAAGCCCUGAAGUCCAAUGACUUUGAAACACUGGAGGAGCUCUUGAGCCAAAAGAAAAUAGACGUGGACACGGUGUUUGAAGUGGAAGAUGAAAACCUGGUUCUGGCAUCCUACAAACAAGGGUACUGGCUGCCUAGCUACAAAUUAAAAAUAUCCUGGGCAACUGGACUUCAUCUAGCUGUCAUGUAUGGACAUCUGGAGAGUCUUUUGGUCCUGCUCAAUCACAAAGCUACAAUCAACUGCCGUCCCAACGGAAAAGCUGCAAUCCACAUAGCUUGUGAAAUGGCAAAUGUUGAGUGUCUCAAGAUCCUUUGCAACCACGGAGCUAAGCUGAACUGCUUUUCCAUGAGUGGGCAGGCGCCCUUGCACUUCUGCACAACACGAACCUCCAUGCCUUGUGCCCAGCAGCUGGUUUGGAGAGGAGCAAAUGUGAACAUAAAAACAAACAACCAAGAUGAGGAGACUCCUCUGCACGCCGCUGCGCGUUUGGGUAUCCCGGAGCUCGUGGCCUUUUACGUGGAGCAAGGAGCGCACAUUGAUGCUCUCAACGCCUACAUGGAGACUCCCCUGGCCUGUGCAGCCUAUUGGGCCCUUCACUAUAAGGAUCAGAUCUACAGCCAGGAUCACCAUCUCAUCUGUCGGAUGCUCUUAGACUAUAAAGCUGACGUGAACACUCGCGAUGAGGAUUUCAAAUCACCGCUCCACAAAGCUGCCUGGAACUGCGACCACGUCCUGCUGCAUAUGCUGCUGGAGGCAGGAGCAGAAGCAAACAUCAUGGAUGUCAAUGGCUGUGCACCCUUACAGUAUAUCAUAAAAGUGACAUCUGUGCGGCCAGCUGCCCAGCCUGACAUCUGCUACCAGCUGCUGCUGAAUCAUGGAGCGGCUAGGAUAUAUCCUCUGCAGUUCCACAAGGUGCUACAAGCCUGUCAUUCCCACCCCAGAGCUGUGGAGAUUGUCAUCAACACCUACGAACACAUCAAAUCAACAUCCAAGUGGAAAGCGGCCAUACCUGACGACGUCUUUGAGCGGCACCAGGUUUUCUAUGACUCGUUGUUCACCGUGUGCAGCAAUUCACCGCGGUCGCUCAUGCAUUUAUGCAGAUGUGCUAUUCGGGCAAUACUGUCAGAAAGGUGCCACCGAGGAGUCCCUUUGCUCUCCAUCCCCCCGUCCAUGAAGAAGUACUUGCUGCUGGAACCAGAAGGAAUCAUCUACUGAGCCGCAGCAGAGCUGGCCCCAAGCGUCUCCCUUCCUGGAUCCGCAUGCCUCUGUGGGGUGCUGGAGAUCCAGGCAUGAUCCAAAUGGGAUUUACCGGCUCUUCUCGGAGCCACUGUCCUUCCAUGCAGUGAGGAAUCGCAGCUGCAGGCUGCGGGUCGCGCUGGGGGAGACAGAACUGGAAAGGGCCCCCCCCCCCCCCGCGAAAAAAAAUAACAACCCCCCCAAACAAACACAGGGGCACAUACUUCUCUGCUUUGUUCAGCCUGGCUUAAAUGCUGCUGCUGCCUUUCGUAUUUAUUCCACUGCCUGCUAGAUAGCGUUAGAUUCAAUCUGAACAACCUUUGAUACUGUUCCACUGUCAUUUUCUUCAGCUGUCUGUCAUUUUGGGAGUAAAAGAAAGGAUACCGUCAGAAAAUAGGACAUUUAUUAGCGUCACAGAAAUGCUUUCCCAGAAAGAAAUGGGUGAACUGCUUUGAAUCAUGACCACAGACAGGAUUUCAGUAGUUUCCAGGUUUUCCUGCAGAUUGACUCUCAACUCAAUUUUAGUUCACUGUUCGCUACACCUCUCUGUAUCUUAUAAAGCUUUGUCAUAAUAAUAUCCUUUUUAAUUGUAAGAAUUUUUUCCAUUGUCAGUCACAAUAUUGGAAUCCGCAGCACUGAAAUGUCUGUACGUUGCUGUUCAUGCCCAGGUAGCUUUUAGCAGAUGCUGUCUCUGUUUCUGCUCUCAGUGUGACCAAUGGCAAUGUCAUGUCCUGGUGUUGAGAAAUGCAGGUAGAAUGGACUUGUCCCUGUAACCUGCACUUAUAAGUGUACUGUACUUAUAAGCUGUACUUAUACCCAUCCAUAGAUCCCUCGGGAUGGUGUAGGAUGGGAUCUGGGAAGAACAUGAACCCUUCUCUCUAUUGGCUACAAAAGGAGCCUAGCCUGCUACCAUGGACUAUACACCUCAGUUUUUGGCCGCUAAGUGCACAUGAGAGGAAUCCCACCAUAACCGAAAGGUGUUUCCAAGAUGAAGAUGUGGUGGCUGUGCUGUUACACACCUGCCUGUCCCCCUGAUUUAGAGUCCCUCUACUUUUGGACCUGCCAGCGCUGGUUUCCCUGCUCACAGGGAACCUAAUCUCCUGACUGAGCUGCUGCCUCUAGUUCAGGAGGAUGAAACACGGGGCAGAGGCAGUUCACUCACUGAGCAUCCCACAGCAAGGGCAAGUGUGUGAUGCGACCUACAGAUAAAACCCGUUUUUCUUCCCUUUUUUUAAAUUGAUGCAAUCCAUUUGGGGUGUUCCACUUUUUUUUUUGGACCAGGACAACUCCAGGCUCUGUUAAAAGGGAAGGUGAGCUAUGCCCACCAUUGGGAGCCAGUCGUUCCUGACUUCUCAUUGCAUUUCUGGCUGUGAAGCUUUCGGUCCUUAUCAUUAUUAUUAUUGUGUUUUUACAAGAGAGCCCAGUGCAUGUUAGGCCCUUCCCAGCCAGACCGGAGCAGCCAAGCUGUUCAGUGCCUCUGUGUCUCGCAAAGUGACAAUAACAGCGCUUGAAGAAAUGCGCAGAUUGUUUAGUGUUGUAAAUCACUUUGCUCCCUUUUCAUCUCAGUUUUCAUUAAUCAAAGCCCGUGCGCUGUGUUAGGAGAGAAUCCAAUUCAUAGCUCUGUUUAUGUUUAGCUAGACAGCAAUGUAGAUUGCUAUUUAACAGUUUCCAGUGCCAGUGGAGAAUUUCGGGGACAAUAGAGACCAUGAGAAAAUGCUUUCUCAUACGAAAGAAGUUGUAAUAUAGAUCCCUGUGCUUUACUAAACUGCUGAAAGAUUCCUGCAGAGUUGCAGAGAUAUUUCUAUCAAUCAGAGACACUACAGCAGUUUACAGAGGAGAAUUAUCAGGAUCUGGGGCAAUUUGUCGACAGAAAAAUCCGCUUGAGACAGUUCCAGGUUGAUGGGAUCCACUGAGGAAAACCAGGGAAUUUGGAAGGACAGAGAAAGCUUAGGUUAUCUGAACCCAGUGCUUUUCUAGGCAACUUAUGUAUGUAAGUCAGGCAUGAGGAGGAGGAUUUGCAAACUGGUCCAGGCAAGAAAAUGUUUGUUGCUCUCUGAACAGCCUGCCAAUGGGGCAAGCUGGAUAGUCCAGAAGAGACAGACAGAUGGAGGUAGCUGAUUUUAUCGGGAACACAUCCCCAAGCUGGCUGCUUCUGGAAGUGAAAUUCUGCAUCUGGAAGAGGGAGGUUUAAGGCAGAACAAUAGCAGCAUUUUUUGACCUGUCGUAGUCAGGACUCUCUUGCUGAGAGAGAAAUAAAAAAGGCUGUCACCAAUGUUCCUAAAUUCCCUCUGAUCCUCCCCCUCUGCAGCGAACACGCUUAAUUUUUAUUCUGUGGGCACCCAGCCUCACUUCCAAGCUUUGUACCAAGCAGGUGCCAGAUUACAGCCAUUGUGGUAUCUGACAGGGAGCACAGUGGGAUCAGGCUGAUUAUAGUCAUAGGAAUUUGCAAGCUGUUAAAAAACACUGGAGAACAUCCCUAUCACGGAAAAAAGACCUGAUUGAUGCACUUUAAUUGCUUCUCUUGUUGGAGUUUGAAAGACCAACAGUAAGCAAACCUUAUUAUUUGUUACCUUUUAGCAUUUCUUUGGGUUUUUUUUUCUCUCACUGUACUCUAUUCCUACACACCGGAGGGAGUUGCUCAUGGGAGGCAUGGGGGGAUCUGAUAAUAAGCUCAUCAUUUAUUAAAUUUAUGGGAUGCAUAGUCUUAUUAUUCUGA